UUUAUUAAAUUUGCAUAUUUAACUUUUUUCGUAUUUAUUAUAAAUUGAAAAAAUCUGCUUGAACAUAUAUAUAUAUGUAUAUGUGUAUACAUAUAUAUAUAUAUAUAUUAAUUAAGCUUAUAAUUGAUUAAAUCACAUUACGAGUCAUCACGUUGAAUUGGUGGAGAACAGCAAUCGGAACAAUUGAAAAAUUCGUCAAGGCUUAAUCAAAGAUCGACAUGCUUACAUUAAUGCAAUUGUUAGAUUUGUCAUGCGAUGUCGAUGGAGUGAAAAUAUCAGAAGUGCCUGAUUGGAACAAUGAGAAAUCACAUAGUUUGCAACUGCAACAACGUGAUAGAGAACAGUUGCAUCGUGACAAAUUACAACAACAACGCGAUCGCGACAGUGAACGAGAGCAUCUGCAUCAAUUGCAAUACAUUGGAAACUUGCUGUUGGAUCCUCCGCCGUCGGCCAACCUUCAGGGAUAUUCACAUGAUGUGUCUUGUACACAAUCCAACAAGAAUAACAAUAUAGAUGGAGACAUGUCAAUUUCGGAUUUAUUCGGACUUGGCUUACCUCGGGGAUCGUUGAUAAGCAGUCAAUCAACAGCUGCGUCUCCUAGUUGUCGUAAUUAUCAGUAUCAGGGUCGCAAUCAGGGAUCCUCUCAACAUUAUCAGGGUGAUGAUAGGAACGGAAUAUGCUCGAAUUCAUCAAUGUUAGAUGUUCCAAGCUCUCCAAGUUCUAUUACCACACCCGGCAGCCCUAGCACUCCUGGAAGUCUUUAUUCGAACCCUUAUUCAUAUUCAUCUACGAAUAGUAGUAAUCAAACAGCAUCAUCGUUAAAAAGUCGAGGAUCUUUGCAGCAUGUGGGUUCACCUUCAUCGCCCAUUCAUUCUCCUUAUUAUGGGAGACCUAUUCGUGGGUCACCACCUUACAGCGAUUGUAGUAGUCCCACUUUCGAAUAUUCUCAUGUGAUGGGAUGCAGUGGAUCAAGAUCAAAUUCACCAGCGGACUCAGACACGAGUGGUAUAAGUAGUGUGGAUGGGUCUCUAUCCGAUAUAAUGAACUGUUUAUCAUUAAACUCAUCAUCACACGAAUGUUACCCUCAGUCUCUGGGUUCGUUGAUGUCACCAGAAGUGGAUUUAUGUACGAACAAUAGAGCAGCCGCGUUCCAACGAAUGGCAGUGAAAAAGUAUUUAUCUUCAUCCCAUCAAAAUUCAUCGUCGACGCAUCAUCAUCACUCACAUGGACAUAAUCGCAGUCAUCACUACGGAUCGAAUCAAAAUGGCAAUUUCCUGAAUUCUUUUCUAUCACACGAGAAAAAUUGUUGUACUACUGGAAAUCAUAUGGCUUUAAAUUCACCUCCUAUAAAUAUUUUAGACCCACAAAUGUCACUUGAACGUGUAGCACGUUUUCAUCGAAGUGCUGCUGCACUUUGUGAUCCAACAUGUACUUGGAGCGGUAUAUUACCACAACGUACUCAAAGACCAUCAGGUUAUUCAUCUAAAGUAUUUCUUGGUGGUGUACCUUGGGAUAUUACAGAAUCUCUUUUAAUUGCUACUUUUAAGCAGUUUGGUCAAAUAAGAGUAGAAUGGCCCGGAAAGGAUCAAUCCGCUACACAGCCAAAGGGAUAUGUAUAUAUUAUAUUUGAAUCUGAAAAACAGGUAAGAACUUUGUUAGCAUGUUGUACACAUGAUUUUACCAAUGGUGGAAGUUGGUAUUACAAAAUAUCGUCUAAACGUAUGAAAGCAAAAGAGGUACAAGUAAUACCUUGGAUUCUUGAAGAUAGUAACUAUGUAAAAUCAUCAUCACAAAAACUUGAUCCUCACAAAACAGUAUUUGUGGGUGCUCUUCAUGGUAUGCUAACUGCUGCUGGUUUAGCAAAAAUUAUGGAUGAUCUAUUUCGAGGCGUUAUUUAUGCAGGUAUUGAUACUGACAAACACAAAUAUCCAAUUGGAUCUGGUCGUGUUACAUUUAGUACAAAACAUUCAUAUAUGAAAGCAAUUUCAGCUGCUUUUAUAGAGAUAAAAACUGCCAAAUUUACAAAAAAGGUGCAAGUUGAUCCGUAUUUAGAAGAUUCUAUGUGUUCCGGAUGCUCCGUACAACAAGGACCCUAUUUUUGUCGUGAAGUGGUGUGCUUCCGGUAUUUCUGUCGCAGUUGCUGGCAAUGGCAGCAUUCGAUGGAAUCAAUGUGGCAUCAUAAGCCUUUAAUGCGUAAUUCCAAAACAAAUCAAGUUGUCGGAUUAUCACCAAAUAUAAAUUCUUGGACCCGUGGAAUGAAUAAUCCCACAAUUUAAGUACAAUUACUAUUAAUAUACAAUUGAGCUUCUCUUUCAUGGUCACACAUUCAAUUUUUUUUGACUAUUUGUUUUUGCACGGACGUUGUGCUAGCUGACUUAUUGACAGGGUGCAAACUUAGUUUUUAUCGCAGAGCUGCGGGCAGCUGGUUUGACGAUAUACUUUGAAAUACCGGAUAUACCAGCUGAUCGGCAAAUGCAACGAUUUGUUUAUUAUCGUUACUAUCACGUACGUCCGCGGUAUAGAGACUAAUUAAUAGAUAAAAAUCGUGUUUCAUAUAAAGUUCCUAUUUCGAACGCGGCCACCACCACGUUCUCAACAAACAGUAUUUUUAUUUAGUAUGUUUAUUUAGGGACUGGUUCUCUUGUUAAUCGUUUUAUUCCGAAGAAUAUAAUUGUGUCAUUGAGUAACACAUCACAUUAUAUGAUAAUUAUGCGUUACGAGUGUGCAUUUACAUUGAAUUCGUGUGGGUCCAAUUGUGGCUUUUAUAGUGACAAUAAUUUUUAUACGAUAAAAUGAGAAGCCACUCGAUUGUUUAAAAAAAUAAAAAAGAAAGAGAGGAGGACUAAGCUUAUAAUAUUAAAAAAAAAAAACCACAAAAAUACAAUACGCCGCUAAAGUAAUCUAUCGGCGAAAUAUUACGCUUAAUCGUAAACUAUUCGAUGAGAUUAGAUUAUUGUGGUAUUCUAGCGGCAGGAGGAAUUAAUAAUUUAAUUAUUAUUAUUUUUUUUGCGAAAAACGCAUUUAAUUUGAGUACUAAUUAGAACCCAGGCUAUAUAUCGAUAUUUGUCGAUGAUAUUGCCCGUCGUUGUAGUUUUAUGUUAGAUUGUACAGUAUAAGGGUAUUGCCAAUGGCCACUAUAAUCAUAAUUUAUAUUCUUAGUCAAAGCGGUAAGCCUUUGUGAGCUUUCGUUUAGAGGGACUGUUUAACUGUUGACGAAAUGGAGAAGUACAUGGUCUACGAUUCUGGAGCGGAUUGUAGUAAAUUGAUUCUGUUUUUAUUUUUUGUUACGAUAUUAUGUUAUGUAUUUUCUUUCAACAAGAUUUCGUAAUAUUACUUCUAAUCGCGUUUCUGAUGUUUUGAUAUCAUUUUGUUGAGUGAAUUAAAAAUCAUAUUUUUGCAGAUAGA